GCAGGAGCUGACUCGAUUCUCUGCUCUCUUUAGCUGGAAAGUGGCUUCAUCUCCAAUGAGGAGAGUAAACAGAAGCUGGUUCCCAUCAUGACCAUCCUGCUGGAGGAGCUGAAUGCCAAAGGAAAGUGCACCCUGCCCAUUGAUGAGUCGAACACUAUUCACCUGAAGGUGAUUGAGCAACGCCCGGACCCCCCCAUUGUACAGGAGUACGAUGUCCCCGUCUUCACCCAAGACAAGGACGACUUUUUCAACUCCCAGUGGGAUCUCACAACGCAGCAGAUCCUGCCCUACAUCGAUGGCUUUCGGCACGUCCAGAAGAUUUCUGCAGAAGCUGACGUGGAGCUGAACUUGGUGCGCAUUGCCGUGCAAAACCUGCUGUACUACGGAGUUGUAACACUCGUCUCCAUUCUCCAGUACUCCAACGUCUACUGCACCACACCAAAGGUCCAGGACCUGGUGGAUGACAAGUGUCUCCAGGAAGAAUGUCUGUCCUAUGUCACCAAACAAGGGCACAAGCGAGCCAGCCUCAGGGACGUCUUCCAGCUGUACUGUGGGCUGAGCCCUGGCACAACAGUGCGAGACCUCAUCUCCCGCUACACCCUGCAGCUCCAGAGGGUGGACGAGAGGAGGCUUAUCCAGUUUGGUUUGAUGAAGGGCCUCAUCCGGCGGCUCCAGAAAUACCCCGUCAAGGUUGCCCGGGAU